GAGCAUUUGCUGCGAGACAUAUCUGACGGAAAUUACCGAUUGGCUCCAAAGAGAGUGCGAGUCCAAACGAAAAAUUUUCAGAUUUUUAAUUAGUGAUUUGGAAUCAUUAUAUUUGAAGAUAUAUCCAGGAAUCAUACAGAAUCAUUUGAAUUAGCUGAAUGUUGAAACUACGUAUUUUGUCCUGUCGUUCGCUCAAACAGCCGUAGAAAAGCAACACACACUGGAGACUGCAGCAAGAAUGCAGUACCAGUAGAGACUGAGGGGGGGACGAAAUGAGAGUUAAUGUAAAGGACGGAUCUAGUGACUUGUAUUCCACACAAGGCAUUCACACAGCAUCAAAGACUGGAAAUUUGACCAUGUCGUCUGUGGACAAGAUGAAAAAAUUAUUAAGUCCUGGCACAAGAAAAAAAGGACUAGGGAAUAUGAACAAGACGUUUGGCGUGCCGCUUGAGGAACUAAUGAGCAGGGCCUCCUCGGGAAUGACGGUGCCGUACAUAGUCAGCAAAAUCUGUGAACACAUUCGAGAUAAAGGAUUUGAAGUGGAGGGAAUUUUCCGAAUUAAUGGCAGUACCAGAAUUGUGGAGAAGUACCGUACGAGUUUUGACAUGCGAGGGGAUGCAGACUUUUAUGAAGAGGAAGAUUUGAUGGCAGUGGCAAGCUUACUCAAGUUAUUUUUACGAGAAAUUCCAGGUUCUUUGAUUCCAGAGAAUAAGACUCAGAGGUUCAUAGCCAUUCAAGAAGAGUAUCAAAAUGACCCAUCUGGUUGUAUAUCUGCCCUGAAGGCAGAACUCUCGGAGCUAGACGAGGUACGAUAUAAUGUACUACGGUACCUGAUCCGUUUCCUGGUGGUCGUGUCACAGUUUGAACGCACCAACAAAAUGAGUCCAAUGUCUCUAGCUAUUGUGUUUGGACCAAACCUGUUCAGAUGUGGUCAGGGAAUCGUAGGAUUGAAAGACCAAGGGAAGAUAAAUCAGAUUGUGUAUAAAUUCAUCACACUGUAUGAUUCUCUGUUCAGAGAGGAAAAUGAAAUCUCUCCAUAUAAUGAAUGGAUUAAACAAAAACAGAAAGGCCCUCCUAGACCUCCCCCUCCCAAGCUCCAUGUAGAGGAGUACAAACCAGUCCCUAAACCAAGGAACACAGGAAGAAUGGACCCCUAUGACAGUUCCCCCUACCAAGAGAUGGAGGAAUUUGACCACAGCGAGGAAUCAUCUAGUAACACCCAGGGGCGGAGUCACAGUCCACGUUGUAGUGAUGAUGAAAUUGCAGGCAGGGCCUCACCAUUUAUGCUUGACAGUGACGGUGGUUACAGCAUCAUAGAAUCUCCAUUACCAUCAGCAAGAACGUCAGAAGUGGUAGAGAAUGUUAUAGCCAAGUCUAUAAAAGAGCACCUGUUUGGGGAUGACAUUAGUAUGUGUGAAACCUUUGUUGAGGAGGAAGAGAGCAAAGAAAAUUUGGCGAACACAAUACCAGUGAAAGACCGUAUUAAGCAGUUUGAGUGUGGGACAGACCUCGCUGAAACACAGAAAUCCUCUAAGUCUGUCAGGCAGUCUCCUACUGGACACGAAUCCAUGGACAACUCCCUGUCAAAGGGACAACAGAAUGUGAAGAUGAAUGGAUACAAACUUGAAGCAGAUAUAAUCAGUACAAAAGAAAAUGACUUCAGUGGUGUACACAGAGAGGAUGAUUUUGAGAGUGUGAAGAGAGAUUCUGGAACAUUAUCAUCGUUCAAGAAGCCUGCUGGUCCUAGAAAUCGCCGUUCUCCAAGUAGACUGUCUCGUGGAAACUCUUUAGAAGAGAAAGAUGACAUCAAGGAUGGAAACCACCAGUCCAGAAAUGAUAAUGCUUCUGCAGAAUUGGAGACCUCUUCACUUCCUGAAAGCAAACCAAGUCAGAAGGAGCCAGUACCCAAACCCCGUGUUGCCUUCCUAGAACUCACAAAUCACACAGAGAACAAAAGUUCACCUGAUGCCUCGCCCAACAAUGCCAGGAAGCCAUUUAUUCCACCAUUAGAUCUGUCAACGCUUCAUGAACAUGUAGAAAGCUCGGAUCCAAUCCCAGCUGACAAGGGACAAUCUGUCUCGUACCAGUUAGCUAAGUCCCAUAUCAACGGGGGAGGUACCUCGGACGUUGUCAUCUCUCCUCGGAGUAACAAACUCAUCAAAAGGAAAUCCAAUCAAGAUGAUCUAGAAGCUCCCCCAUCUCCCAGUGCCUAUCAGAGCAGCCCCCCGGCCAGUGUGCCAAUGAAUACUGAUGUAGCCCCGUCUCCACCUGUCAAUCAAGAUCAUUAUAAACACAGCUCAGCAAACAUGGAAACUGACAUCACAACCAGGAUAAAGCAGCAAAGCAAGAAACUACACGCUCUGAAGAAAAAACUGAAGCACUUUGAGGACAACUUUGAAAAGGAAAAUGGUUACAAGCCCUCACUAGCAGACAAAGCCAGCAAGCCCACCAUCAAGAAAUGGAUGAAUGACAUCUCAAAAGCAAAGAGAGAGAUAAAGAGAUUAAAGGAGGAGGCUGAGAUGGGAAACCGCAGUCGCCACGGCAGUGGAGCAUCCUCCAGUGGAGAGCGACUAGAGCCACCUGAACUCCCGCCUACAAUGGAACAAACACUGAAUGUCAUCCUGCUGAAACUGGACGAUAAACGACGGGAUGCUAGACGCCCUGAGGAUGUUGAUAUGAUGACCACAGACCAGAUUUUAGAUGAAAAGUUAGCAGUUCAGAAAUCCUUGCUUCAUUUUGAAAAUCUUCAUGGAAGACCAAAAACAAGGGAGGAGAAGGAUUUGAUGAGACCUUUGUAUGACCGAUACAGGAAAAUUAAAAGACUCUUGUCUAAACCUAAUUCCCCAAGAGAGAAGAAUGAGUUACAAACAGUGCCAGAGGACGGACCAAUAGAAUUAGAGGGAGGCUUCCAAAACCCAUAUAGACCCUCAGUGCGGAUUCCCACGGCUCAUUAUGAUGACCUUGAGGAUGGCCUUGGUUCUGGUUUGGGGACAAUGGGGACUAUGGACUUUGCUGUCACUAGAGACUUUUCUGUCCUCCCUGAUUCGAUGCGGCCAAUAUCAAAGGAGGCUACCAGGAAGGAACAUUCUCCUAAAGUGAAGAGGAAACUGAGCCUGCCAGAAGAAGAGGAGGAGGGCAAUCAGAACCAGGAGACAAAUCUUCAUGAAAUGUCAAUACCAGAGCUUCAGGAUGAGUUGAUGAAGUCUAAGGGAGAGAAGAAAAGAAUACGCAGGACCUUAAGGAACUUUGAAGAAGAUUUCUUUCAAAAAAAUGGAAGGAAGGUACAGCGAGAUGAUAGAGAACCAUUGCAGACAGAGUACACAAGCUACAAGCAAGUGAAAGCCAAAUUAAAACUGCUGGAGGCAUUGUUAUCAAAGCUACAAAACACCGAUGAAGUCUGACUGCUUUAUCAAUGAGUGGCUUGUGUAUUUUGUGUCAGUGGAUGAUCCCAGUGUUCAUAGAAACAUUGUCAGGGAAAGAUGUCAAGUUCAUCUCAGAAAACUGUAUCUAGUCAAACACUGCAAUGACCAAGAAAUCAUGCGUUAUGGUCUGUGAAGAUAUCUGACAGAAAGAGUGCCGUAGCUUUGAGUUGCUGUAUUGUUGCUUUGGUUAUGUUAUCUAGUUUGCGUAGUUUUAAUGUUCAGUCCUUUUUGGAACUGUUUAUACAGCUGGGUAUACCAAUAAUAACAGUACUUUUUUCAAUAUUGCUACAAGGUUUAUAUGCAGUACCGUCCAAAGUAAUAUUCACCAUUUUAAUAGAUAUCUUUUUUAAAACUUGAUAAUGUCUUCAUAAACAUACAUGUAGUUUCAGAGUUUCAUUCAGUACAUGUAACAAAUCUAUAAUUUAUUUUCAUUUAUAUAACCUUCUAGUCUAUGUAUUUUUUUCUAUUAUGCUUGUCAUACAAGGGUAGUAUAAAAGUAUUUUUGUAUAAAAUCAGGUUCAUGCAAGAUGUAUACUAGUUUUCAGGACAGGUGAGAAAAAAAAAGAAAAUGACAUUGAAACUUUAUUUAAUCCUUAUAGUCAUUCAUGAUGAUGUCUCUGGUGUCCCAGUUACAUGUAGUUAUCUAUACUCGCAAAUCUGUAGCAAAUUGAGUAAUUAGAUGUCUGGCUUUGCAGAGUUGAAGUUAAUGAUAUUUUGAACAUAUACAUAAUAGGUUGAUAAAUACAUAAUAGGUUGAUAAGCCAGUAUUACCUAUUACUUCAAGGAAAUUAACUAAUACUUCAAGACAAUAAUCUAAUACUACAUGUACAUACAAGAAAAUUAUCUUAUACUGUACUUAUAGAAAAUUGUUGAUGUCAGUUGACUUAUCACAUGUUAAGUCAGAUUUUGCACACCUGGCAUUCCACCAAAUGUCUCUGUUUCAUACAGUGUGGUAUACCCUCCAUGUUUUGUAAAUUGUUGGAUUAGUGACCUACCAAGGUUACUUUCUUAAGUGAUAAUACAAAUGGCAUUGUGAAUAUGUAUGACAGUCAUGUAUAUUGCUUCAGUAGUUGUGUGAUUUAAAGAAAGGAUCUGGAUGAGAGACAUCACUAAGCUUACCUAUAUGAAUAUUACAGAGAAUGGUUCCCUGUGACAGAUGAUGCCAAAUCACUUCAAAUGUUAGAUAUGAAAUGAAUGUUUUGACACCAUAAAGCAUGGCAGUGGUUUUAAGUUUUUUGUUGAUUUUUUUUUUAAGAUGAAGAUUAUUCAAUAUUUUUAGUUAGCUUGACAAGUUUACAGUGCUAAGGAAGUGCUAUGUAUACUCUGUGAUUUUCAGAAGUUGCAACAUUGUUUAUGAAAGAAAGUAAAUAAGGGAUAAUAAAACAGUGUAUAGUUUUGUGGGGGGAGGGGGACUUCAGCUUAAUUCACUUACUUCUUUAGAAUGCUUGUGAGAGAGAGUGAAUGUUAAAAAUAUUCUAGUAUGAUUCUGUAAGUCACAUUUCGUGGGAAUCUGUUUUGCGAUACAAUUGUAAUGGAUUUAUUUGAGUUCUACCUUUCUUGUAUUCUCUGUACAAAAAUUACUAGAAGUUGGAAUUACGCCCCUUUUCCGUUUAUGAGACCAAAACUGUAUCGCAAAAUCAAGUUCUCACAAAGUAAAUGAUUUACAAUUGAUAUAAGGAAAAAAUUGUAUAAAUUAAUUAAGAGGGAACAAAAUCCUGUUUUGUCUGUCAAACAUCUUGACUAGGAUAAAUUUCUCAUUAGUAUCAGUUCACAUUCCAUUUUGUAUGGCAUUGCGAGGUCUUUGUAUGGCAGUACUUUUGAUAGACAUUUACCAAGGUUUGAUGGCAAUGUUACAACUCUGAGUUGCUUGUUGUGAAUAUUGUACAGAUAAACAUGUUCUUUUGUUAAGUUGUUAUACAUAUAUAUUAUGACAAAAUUAAACUGUUUUAAGUCUCUGA